AUGGAUAAUCUUAAACUAUCAGACGAAUAGUUUACAAAUAUGCAGGAGUCAUUUCAUGCAUUUAACAGAGUUUAUGGAAUUUUUUUUGGUGUCAAGGUAAAACUCAAGUUAACUUAAGAAAAAUACAUUAAAUUUGAUUGCAACAAUUCUAUUGAUUAUUUUUGCUAUGUUGCUCUACAUAGCAUUUGUAUUUCCCCUUGCUAUUUAAAAUGGCUAUAUUAUUUUAAAUACAAUUUGUGUUGUAUAUGGUUUCACACCUAUCACUACUUUGAUAAUGACAGCAAUUACAGGUUUCUGAUUAUAAUUAAGUUUAUAGAGCCAGGAGUGCUAUUAAAGAGACAAAUUAGUGAUAAUUAACAGCCUGAAAGCAGUUUAACAGAAAGUAAUGAGGAGGCAAUUUAAAUUGAAAAUAAUACAUAACAAGAUGAUAUACCUAAAAUUUAUAGAGAGAGACAUUGCUCAACAUGUAACAUUAAGAGACCACCUAAAGCAUCUCAUUGUCGAGAAUGUAAUCAUUGUGUCGAUGGAUUCGAUCAUCAUUGUUAUUGGGUUGGCACAUGCAUUGGCAUUAGAAAUUGGAGAUAUUUUGUAUACUUCUUGAUAGCUGCUUUUACUGCUCCUCUUUUGGCAUUCUUAGUUGGGAUUAUACUUUGUAUUUAUCAUUUUAAAACAAAAAAGUUAUAAAUUCUUUUUCUUUAGCAGCAGCACUAUGGUUUGAGAUGUUUGAUACUCUUGGAACAUCUGUCCUUAUCUUUUAUUUAUUUUAUUGCAUAUGUGGCUUUUGGCAGCAUCAUACUAUAUUAAAUAUCUUUGCAUUAAUAGUAAUGA